AAACAAACUUUAGACAGACUUCUUAAAAAGCAGGAGACAAAAUCCAAGGGCCCAAAGGUCAAAGGUUCAAGGAAAAGCAACAUACCCAGGGUCCGCUACAUCAACAACAGAUCUGAGAUCUCCAUAAGUGUUCCUGUGGGAAUACAGUUCCCUUUUCUUCCUCAAAAAGCAGAGCCUCCUAAGCCACGUGCAAUGUGUGGAGUCAGUGGAUGUAAAAACUUGAAGAGGUACUCAUGUUCCAAGACAGGAAUUCCCUUGUGUAGUUUGGAUUGCUAUAAAAAGAACAUAGCUCUUGGAGUUACAAAGUUACCCAUUCCUGUCACAUGACACACGUUCCUCUGUUACAAGUGAAUGAUCUUCAUUUUUUUGAAUGGGAUUAAUAUCAUUCUUCUGUAUACUGGAGGCAGUUAAAUGGUGGUGUAAGAGAGCUAUCAAUUUCAGUGAUCUGGGCUGUCUUUGAUUUAUUUUGAAUCCUGCAGGAGAAAUAGCUGAGAUGUAGUUUUUCCAAAUGUGUGGUGAAAAUUGUUGGAAUGAUUCAUGAAUAUUUUAUGUAAAAGAAAAUUAUUUGUUGAAAAUCUUGUAAUGAAAUAUGCAUGUAAAAUGCAUUGUUGAAUGUAAAGUCCUGUUUACCAUUUGUAGAUGGUUUUUUUUCAUUAU